AUGGGCAACAAGGGAAGCAAGCUACAUCUUGAGACGGCGCAAAAGACUGGCGUCUGUACAAUCGCCAAUUUGAAAUUGGAAGAAAUUCCGCCGGAGAUUUUCAAAAUCACAAAGUUGCGCACCCUCGAUGCGUCAAACAAUCGGCUCGCUCGAUGGCCCAGUGGAAUCGAACGAAUGGGAAUGAUGAAAAUGCUGAAAAUCAGCAACAAUAGACUAACGGAGAUUAACGUUAGCAUGCUGCCCAAAUUGGAGACGCUGCUCGCCUCAAACAACGUUCUGACAAAGAUUCCAGACCUUUCGCAAUGCAAAAAUUUAAAAACGCUCGACCUUUCAAAUAACCAUAUAAAACGACUUUCUUCAUGUAUUUACGCUUUACCUCAACUCGAUGCGCUGAAUCUCGAGAAAAACAAAAUCUCGGAAAUCGAUGAAGCCGGAAUAGAGAAUUUAAAAUGCAUCGAAAUCAACCUCAAUCAAAAUCAAAUCGGCAAGCUACCUUCUGGCUUGAAAAAAUGUGCAAGAUUAAAAGUUCUGAGGGUAGAAGAAAACUGUCUCCAAUCCAUUCCAACUGAUAUUCUGAAGGAAUCGAAUAUAUCCGUCAUUUCUGCAGAUGGAAAUAUCUUCACGGAAAAAGAGUUGCAGGGCCAGGCCGCUCGCGCCUACAAGAGCUCCCUUGACGUUUACACCUGCUGCUAUCGAUCGUCUCAAAGUAAAUACAUUUCCCUUGUCAUAAAUAAAAGUUUUCAAUGGCAGAUUUUGGCCCAAGACGAACCCAGCAACAGUGCGGUCUUCAGAAUCGGUCUCCGCACGAAGGGCUGCAACGGAAUGGCCUACACACUGGAACAUGCCGAUAUUGAAAGUAAAAAGAAGUUCGAAGAAACUGUCACUGAAGAUGGAGUCACAGUAAUCAUCGAUAUGAAAGCGCAAAUGACACUUCUCGGCACGGAAAUGGACUACUCUUCAAAUAAAUUGGAAGAAGGCUUCAUAUUCAGCAACCCGAAUAUAAAAGGCACCUGUGGCUGCGGAGAAUCAUUCAACAUUUAA